UAGGAGAUCAUUUCUCGUUCAGCAUUGCAACUGUGAGCAAUAGGCGGAUAAAUUCAAAUAAACUGGAUAACCCCAAAUAAGUGACUGUGAACUGAACUCUUCAAGGAAUUUGUGCUUGCGUUUUGUAAUCAAUGACUGUAGCGCAUUAAUUGAACAAUCAAUUUCAAGAGCAAGUCAAUUGUAAAAAGUUAUAGUGAAAAAACAGAAAUCGCCGAGAUGUCGGAAAAGAAUACUGAAAAAGUGGAUCCUGAGAAGAGCAAAGAGCUGGAAAAUGACAACGAUGCGGAUGGGAAUUCAGAUAGUACGGCGGAGGCGGCUGCCACGCCCGCCGAGGAAGGUCCUGCCACAUUCGAUAAGGCGAUCGAGGGAGCCGGGUUCGGGCUCUUCAACCUAAUGCUGCUCGUCGUCUCCAUUCCCGCCCAGAGUGCCGCCAUGUUCGAGUCCAGCUCCAUGUCCUACAUCCUGCCAGUGGCCGAGUGCGAUCUUCACCUGACUCUGGAGGACAAGGGCGUGCUGAACGCGGUGGCCUAUGCGGGCAUGACCAUUUCGGCCAUUGCCUGGGGUUAUCUGGCAGAUACCAAGGGACGCAAGAAGAUACUCUACUGGGGCUAUCUGAUCGAUGCGGUGUGCGUUUUUGGAAGUGCUUUGAGUCAGAACUUCAUGAUGCUGGUGGUGUUCAAGUUCUUGGGUGGCUUGGUGGUAAAUGGUCCAGCGGCCGUGCUCUUUACCUAUUUGACGGAGAUGCACGGACCCAAGCACCGAUCAUCCGUUCUGAUGAUCGUCGGUAUGGUGACGUCCACGGCUACGGUUUCACUGCCUCUUCUGGCCUGGGGCAUCUUUCCAAGAGAUUGGGACUUUCACUUCUGGGGCUUGGACAUCCACAGUUGGCAAAUUUUCCUGUUUGUUUUGGGCAUCCCAAGUUUGGUCAGUGGGCUGAUUUUUUGUGGCAUGCCGGAGAGUCCGCGGUUUUUGAUGGCCCAAGGACGAAACGAGGAAGCGUUGGAGGCCUUCAAGAAGAUCUACCAUGUAAACACCCGGAAGCCCAAGGAUACCUAUCCGAUCAAAGCCCUUAUACAGGAGGCACCAAACCGCAAAGCCGCCCGGGACGAGGUUAUCUACACCAUCGAGGAGAAGUCUGAAAAAGUGCCCUCGAAGCGACAGUCGCGCACCUUGGCGGAGAGCCUUCGAUCCGGUCUGCAGCAGAUGAAGCCGCUGGCCAGGAAGCCCCUGCUGGGACUGGCCCUCUGCUGCUACGUGAUGCAGUUCGGCAUCUUCCUGGGCAUGAACACCAUCCGGCUGUGGCUGCCUCAGCUCUUCGCCUCCAUGGCGGAGUACGAAGCCCUGCACGUCGAGGAUGGAGAGGACGCCAGCAUGUGCACCAUCCUGGAGUUCAGCGUCAAUCAGACGGCGAAGACCGCCCUGAAUUACGCCGACGCCUGUUCAGUGCCCAAGGUGAUCUCAAUGGACAUGUACCUGAAUAACAUUAUUGUCUCGGCAACUGGAUUUGUGGGUUACUUUUUUGCUGGUGGAAUCAUCCGUGCCCUGGGUCCUAAGCGAAUGUUGACUUAUGGACUGUUUUUGUCGGGCACGUUUGGCCUGAUACUCUAUUUCUCCGUAAGCAGUCUAAUGACACUUAUUGUGGCUGCCACCUUCCUCACAAUUACCGGAAUUGCAGUCUCCUCGCUUCUGGGAGCUGUGGUCGUCCUGUUUCCCACACAAUUAAGAACUGUUGUGGUUGCCAUUGCCAUGAUGUGCGGACGCUUUGGCGCCCUGACAGGAAAUUUACUCUUCCCCGUGUUCGUUCAGAUUGGUUGUUUGCCUCCAUUUAUAAUGGUCUCUGCAGUGCUGAUAUUGUCCGGCAUCCUCUCAAUAUUCCUGCCCAAUCCAGCAAAAGCGGCAUUUUCUUAAAGAGACAGGCUUCGUAACACGCGGUUGAAGUUCUACCCUAAACGAGACCUAUUGGAAUGAAUUUGUAAUGGCUUUGUUUUCAUCCAAAUCGGUUUCCUUCCAAUUUAAACCAGAUCUUGUGACAUUAGAUAAGCUUUUGUUUAGCUGUACAAAUUAGAGGUAACAAAUUAACUGGCUUAGAGGAGAUAGACGCUCAACAAAUAUUUAUAUUUACCUUAAGUAAUCAAACCAAAUAUAUCUUUAUUGUGGUACAAAUUA